CAUACAGCAACCAUGAUUUCUCUGGUCUUUGUUCUGCUCAUUGGAGCCGCUUUUGCCACGGAGGACGACAAGAUCGUCGGAGGGUAUGAGUGCAAGGCCUACUCCCAGCCCCACCAGGUGUCUCUGAACUCUGGGUACCACUUCUGUGGUGGCUCCUUGGUCAAUGAGAACUGGGUUGUGUCUGCAGCUCACUGCUACAAGUCCCGUGUGGAGGUGCGUCUGGGCGAGCAUAACAUCAAGGUGACUGAGGGUAGCGAGCAGUUCAUCUCUUCUUCCCGUGUGAUCCGUCAUCCCAACUACAGCGCCUACGACCUCGACAAUGACAUCAUGCUGAUCAAGCUGAGCAAACCCGCUACCCUCAACACCUACGUGCAGCCUGUUGCUCUGCCCAGCAGCUGUGCCCCCGCUGGCACCAUGUGUACCGUCUCUGGAUGGGGAAACACCAUGAGCUCCACUGCUGACAGCAACAAGCUGCAGUGCCUGAACAUCCCGAUCCUGUCCUACAGCGACUGUAACAACUCCUACCCUGGCAUGAUCACCAACGCCAUGUUCUGUGCUGGAUACCUGGAGGGAGGCAAGGACUCUUGCCAGGGUGACUCCGGUGGCCCAGUGGUGUGCAACGGUGAGCUGCAGGGUGUUGUGUCCUGGGGUUAUGGCUGUGCCGAGCCCGGUAACCCCGGUGUCUACGCCAAGGUGUGCAUCUUCAACGACUGGCUGACCAGCACCAUGGCCACCUACGAGCUGCCGCUGAGGGAGGGAAGGAGUGGAAGGGAGACGGAGGGUCAGAAGAGAAAGAGGAGGAUGGAGAAGGGAGUCGUGUUCGGAAAGCAUGACAGGAGGAAGCCCCCAGGAGUGUGUCUUGAUCAGCCAGUGUUCACCGGACAGACAGACACCAUGAGACUGCUCGCUCUGAUACUGCUGGUUGGAGCUGCUGCGGCAGUGCCCCGUGAGAAUGGUAAGAUCAUCGGUGGCCAGGAGUGUGAACCUCACUCCCGACCCUGGAUGGCCUCCCUCAACUACGGGUACCACUUCUGCGGAGCCGUGCUCAUCAACGAGCAGUGGGUGCUCUCUGUCGCUCACUGCUGGUACAACCCCUACGCAAUGCAGAUCAUGCUUGGAGAGCACAACCUGCGUGUGUUUGAGGGAACUGAACAGCUCAUGAAGACUCAAAACAUCAUCUGGCAUCCCAGCUAUGACUACCAGACGCUGGACUAUGACAUGAUGCUGAUCAAGCUGUUCCACCCUGUGGAGAUCACUGAUUAUGUGAAGCCCAUCCCAUUGCCCACAGGCUGCCCAUACGCAGGCCUCCCCUGCUCUGUCUCUGGCUGGGGCAACAUCGCCACUGGAGAGGAGGUAAACAUGCCUGCCCGUCUGCAGUGUCUGGAUGUGCCCAUACUGGAGGAUGAGAAGUGUGAGAUGGCCUACCCUGGCAUGCUCACCCGCAGGAUGGUGUGUGCCGGAUACAUGGACGGAGGCAGAGAUGUAUGCAACGGGGACUCUGGCAGUGGUCUAGUGUGUUUGGGUGAGGUUCAUGGCCUGGUGUCCUGGGGUCAGGGCUGUGCCGUGCCCGGCCACCCCGGAGUCUAUGUCAAAGUGUGUGAGUUCCUCCCCUGGAUCGAUGAGACCAUGAAGGCCAACAUGUAACACCACUAGCUGCUUUCCUCCCAGUCUCUCAGACCUCCACUCCUCCAAACUCUUCCUCCCUGUCUCUCAGACCUCCACUCCUCCAAACUCUUCCUCUCUCUCUCAGACCUCCACUCCUCCAAACUCUUCCUCCCUGUCUCUCAGACCUCCACUCCUCCAAACUCUUCCUCCCUGUCUCUCAGACCUCCACUCCUCCAAACUCUUCCUCUCUCUCUCAGACCUCCACUCCUCCAAACUCUUCCUCCCUGUCUCUCAGACCUCCACUCCUCCAAACCCUUCCUCUCUUUCUCUCAGACCUCCACUCCUCCAAACUCUUCCUCACUCUCUCUCUCUCUCUCUCUCACUCUCUUUCUCUCUCUCUCCUCCUAGUUCAAUACUAAAGUAGACUCAGCACAAAGUGUAAGCAUGUCAAACACAAUAAAGCCUGAAGUUAC